UUGUCGUCGGCAUCGAUGGAUGCUUUUACAAAAUUACAUUUAUUUUUGUAAGCCAAAAAUGGGUUGAAACUGAAUUAAAAACAUUACAGUGGUUGUGAGAAAGUGAAAAUAUUUAUUUGCAGACUGCUUAAGAUGUGAUCAUGGCUGGUUUAACGACUCUAUUAGUCAUAACAUUGUGGCUUCGAUGUACAAUAGUAUACGGAUACGAGUUUAUAUCACAAUAUCCUAGCAAUCAACAGAAUGGGUCAUACUAUUUCUAUCAUCUGGCCGUCGACAGAGCCAGCGGACAAGUUUAUGCUGGUUCUCUGAAUUGGUUACAUCAAUUGAGCCCCGACUUGAAACCCAUUCAUGUUAUACGUACGGGGCCUAAGCUCGAUAAUCCUAUGUGUCAUGCUAGCGGCUGUACUUCUCCUGAUAUAACAAGGACACCGAUUGAUAACGUCAAUAAGAUAUUAGUGAUAGAUCAAGAAUCCAGGAUAGUGAUAGCAUGUGGUUCUGUGGCCCAAGGCUCUUGUUAUAAAUACAAGUUAGGUGACCUCUCUGCGGAGCCCGAGUUCGUCGCUGUGAGUGUUGCGGCUAACGAUGCUGAUGCUUCGACUUAUGCAUUCAUUGGCCCUGAGAGGUAUAACUCUUGGGAUCGCUCCAAUGUCCUUUAUGUUGGCACAACAUUCACAAACAUUGGAGAAUACAGGCACGAUGUCCCUGCCAUUUCUAGCCGGGAUCUCAUGACGCUGGAAUUAGCUCAGUUUACAUUUUCAAAACAAAGUUUGAUCCAAAUAGAUGUUAAAUACAGAGAUAACUUUUUGGUGCAAUAUGUUUAUGGAUUCAAUGCCAGCGAUUAUGCAUAUUUUUUGAUAAUUCAAAAACAUUCCCAUUUGGCUGGUAAUGAAGAGCUUGGAUAUGUGUCACGUUUGGCUCGGACCUGUGUGAAUGAUGACAACUACAAUAGCUAUACAGAAGUAACACUUGAGUGCCAUGUUCGUGAAGAGACAGUUAAUGGCAAAAGUGAACUUGUCAAUUACAAUCUUGUUCAAGAUGCAAAAAUAGCCAAAGCUGGAGCAAGUUUGGCUUCACAGCUUGGCAUAAAAACUGGAGAUUCUAUACUGGUAGCAGCUUUCAGCCCUUCUAAAGGUAUCACAAAUGAGCCUAUGUCAAAAUCAGCUAUAUGUGUUUUUUCUUUACAGGAGAUAGAAAUUAAGUUUAAUGAAAAUGUCCAUAUGUGUUUUAAUGGUAGCACCAAAGCCCGCAAUAUGGGUUACAUAUCUGGAAUGAUAUCUGAUGGUAAAUGUCCCAGUGUGGGCUCUACUGGCAAUAUACUUAACUUUUGUGAGGUAGGUCUUAAAAUAAGUGGUUUGUAUCCUAUUAAAACUAGGUCUGUUAUUCAUUGGAAUGAUACACAUGUAACAUCUGUAACCAUGUCUGUGACUGGAUUGCACACCGUUGCCUUCUUGGGCACCAAUGAUGGUAUUUUAAAGAAAGUGUUAAUUGAUGCUGAAGAAGCAUUAGAAUACUCAAGUGAGGAAUUAUUGCCAGGCCAGAGGAUACUGCCUGAUACAACAUUAUCACCAUAUCGUAAAACCUUGUAUGUCUUAGCUCGGAAUUCCAUUGUCCAAAUACCUACUGAAAGAUGUGCUGAACAUGGAAAUUGUUCCUCCUGCUUGGAGUUUAAUGACCCUCAUUGCGGUUGGUGUUCUCUGGAGAAACGUUGCACUGUUCAGAGUAUGUGUCAAAAAGGUACACAAAGUGCUCCUAGGUGGCUUUCCCAAUACACUGGUCAACAAUGCAUUGACUUUGAACAAAUCUUACCAGAUAGAAUAUCCAUGAAUGAAUUCACAACAGUUCAGCUUAUUAUAAGAACACUUCCAGAGUUACCAUUUGGAGCAAAAUACAAAUGUGUUUUUGGAAAUACUCCUCCAAUUGAUGCAGCAGUUACUUCUAAUGGACUAGCCUGUCCCACCCCUGAUAUUAAACAUAGGCCCAAAAUUCCAACAAACCAGGACCAUGUCUAUGUACCCCUUUCAGUACACUCAUCUGAAACCAAUAAAGAUUUUGUUUCUAGGAACUUUGCUUUUUAUGAUUGCUCCAAGCACACAACAUGUCAUUCUUGCAUUAUGAGUGAAUGGGCAUGUAAUUGGUGUAUUUAUGAUAAUAAGUGUACACAUGAAACAUCUACUUGUCAAAGAACUAUCAUCAGUGGAGAGAACAAUCCAACCAAACUACUGAAUCAUGGAAUUGGUCAUUGCCCUCGCAUAAGGCAAUACAAGAAGCCCAUCCUACUGCCAAAUAAUGUACCUAAGGAAUUGGAAUUGGAGGUUGAGAAUUUGCCUCAUUUGCAACCUGGACACACUGGAUUUCAGUGUAUUGUGAGUAUUGAACUUGCUAAUAUGAUAUUACCUGCUAGAGUUGAAUCUAAUCAUUAUAUUGUAUGUGAUAAAACUACAUAUUCUUAUGAAGAAGAUGUCGGAGAAUAUAAUGUCAGUGUUAAAGUUGUUUGGAAUCAUAAGCACUACAUAGACACCAUAACAAUAACACUAUAUAAAUGUGAAAUUCUUGGAUCUCAUAGAGAACAUGCUGACUGUUCACUUUGCAUCACCCGUAAUUCCAUUUACCAGUGCACAUGGUGUGGUAACUCUUGUUCCUACAGUGAGUCUUGUCUUGAGAACCCAGUAACAGAAUGUCCAAAACCCAGAAUUGAUAUGAUAAAACCUUUAAGUGGCCCUAUAGAAGGUGGGACGAUAGUGACUAUUGAGGGCAGUAAUCUUGGUCUUCAUGUGGAGGAAGUCACUGGCAAAGUUCGUAUUGGUGAUGUGCUCUGUAAAAUUGUGGAUUUUGAAGUAUCUGUUAGUAUAACAUGUCGGACAGGACCUUCAAAUGUUUCAACUGUUGCUCCAGUCAUUGUAGAAAAUGAUGCAGGGUAUACAGAAUCAUCUGUGUUAUUUAGCUACAAAGAUAUUAAGUUACAGGGUAUUUAUCCUGCCCUGGGACCAAUGUCAGGUGGAACUCAAUUAGCCAUUGGUGGACAACAUUUAAACAUUGGUUCCACUGUAUCAGCUUAUUUAGAUGAACUGCCUUGUGCUGUUAAUAAAACACAAACUUCUAAUAAUAGACUGAUUUGUAUCACUCCCAAGGCUAAUUAUCCUAGAGUGAUUCACACACUGACAGUAGCUAUUGAUAAUGCAAAUCGCACUUUGUCUGGUGAUUUAUUUAACUAUACAGCAGAUCCAACUAUUAUGGAAAUAAAACCACUCAAAAGUUUUGUAUCUGGUGGAAGAAUGAUAACAGUUCAUGGUACUAAUCUACAUACAAUACAAAAACCAUUAAUGAAAUUAUAUUACAAUAAUGAAUUGUUACCUGUUAAUUCUACAGCUUGUACAGUGCUGAACUUAAAUCAGAUGGAAUGUCCAAGUCCAGCUAUAAAUGAAAAAUACAAUGAGAUCAUUCAAGCAACGAAAUCACAAACCAGUACUCCACAAAUAGCUAUGAAAGUUGGUUUUGUAAUGGAUAAUGUUGAAACCAUGCAUGAUUUGGAAAAAUAUUUUAACCCACCUAGAACUCAUAUGGUGUUUGUUGAAGAUCCUCAUGUCUAUCAGUUCCCAAAUAGAAUCAAAUUGUAUAAAGGCGAUCCAUUAGUAAUAGAAGGUGAAAACUUAAUAAGAGCCAGUGAUGAAACUGAUGUUAUUGUAACUAUUGGCACUCAACCAUGUAAUGUCACUAGUCUCACCAUGCAGCAGUUGCUUUGUACACCACCAGAAAUUCAGCCUGCUAACACGGAUGAAAAUGGUGUGCAAAUAUCAGAUAUAAAUCUACCUCUGGUUGUGGUAAAAAUUGGAAAAAACUUACGAUUCCCGAUUGGAUACCUGCAUUACGAAUUGUUGAGAAAUUACAAUUUUCCCCCAGAAGCUAUAGCUGGAAUCGCUGCCGGCACUUUCUUUUUGGUUCUCAUAUUUAUGAUAGUUUUAGUCAUGUACAGACGUAGAAGUACAAAGGCUGAGAGAGAAUAUAAAAGGAUUCAAAUACAAAUGGACACUUUGGAAAGUAAUGUACGACUUGAAUGUAAGCUCGCUUUUGCCGAACUUCAAACUGAUAUGUCUGAUUUGGCAGCAGAUUUGGAACAUUCUGGCAUUCCCACAUUAGACCACGUAAACUACGUUAUGAAAGUAUUUUUUCCAGGUGUCUCGGAUCACCCAAUAUUGAAUGUUCAGCGACAAUUUAUUAAUGCUCCGCGAACCAAUUAUGAUGCCGCUAUGAUCCAAUUUGAACAACUUCUUAAUAACAAAUGUUUCCUUCUGUCAUUUAUAGACACAUUGGAGUCUCAAAAAUCAUUCAAUAUACGAGAUAAAGUAAAUGUUGCUUCACUUUUAAUGGUUAUUCUUAUGGGCAAAAUGGAAUAUGCUACAGAUAUUUUAAAGUCUUUGCUUUUGCGCUUGAUAGACAAAUCUGUUUGCAACAAACAUCCUCAGCUGAUGCUGAGGAGAACUGAGAGUGUAGUUGAAAAAAUGUUGACCAAUUGGAUGGCUUUGUGUAUGUACUACUAUUUGAAAGAUUAUGCAGGUUCUUCAUUAUUCCUACUGUUCAAAGCGAUCAAGCAUCAAAUAGAGAAAGGUGUGGUUGACGCUAUAACACAUGAAGCGCGUUAUUCUUUAUCGGAAGAAAAACUAUUAAAAGAACAAAUCGAUUAUCAAACUAUAACUCUCCAUAUUAUACAAGAUGAUUUUGAUGAUAAAGUUCAAUGUAAAGUUUUAGAUUGCGAUAGUAUAUCACAAGUAAAGUCCAAAAUACUUGAUGCCUUGUUUAAAAAUACCCCAUUUUCUUUAAGACCUUCCGUCCAUGAAGUCGAUUUAGAAUGGCGACAUGGCAGAGGCGGCCACGUAACUCUGCAAGAUGAGGAUCUUACAACAAAAACUGUUAAUGGUUGGCGUAAAUUAAACACACUGGCACAUUAUGGUGUUAAAGAAUCUGCGGUGAUGUCUCUUAUAUCUCGCCAAAAUGAUAGUUUUAACACUCCUUAUAAAAUACCCUGUAAAAAUUGCACCGGAAUAUAUUGUACGAACUCUCACAUAAAAGUAUAUAAUAAUGAUAUAUCUGACCAAAAUGUUCAUUAUUAUCAUUUGGUGAAGCCUAUCGAGUAUCAGCAUAUUGUUAAUAAAACAUCAGAACAUAGCCACAAAGCUAUUCCAGAAAUAUUCCUCACAAGAUUAUUGUCGACAAAAGGAACGGUACACAAAUUUGUCGACGACUUUUUCGGUACGAUCCUCACCGUUAAUGAGGUAUUGCCGCCGGCCGUCAAAUGGUUAUUUGAUCUAUUUGAUGACGCGGCAAGAGCCCAUGGCAUUAUGAAUCCAGAAGUUGUACAUGCGUGGAAAUCUAAUAGCCUGCCGAUGAGAUUUUGGGUAAAUCUCAUAAAGAAUCCAGAUUAUAUAUUUGAUAUUAACAAAACUGCUACAGUAGAUUCGUCAUUGUCAGUCAUUGCCCAAACAUUCAUGGAUGCGUGUUCACUAACAGAACAUCGGUUAUGUAAAGACUCUCCAUCCAACAAAUUACUUUUUGCUAAAGAUCUUCCUACAUAUAGAGAUAUGGUGAUACAGUUUUAUCAGUCAGUUUCUCAGUUGCCUCAAGUUACAGACCAAGAGCUAAGUACUUCUAUGCAGCAACUCUCGGUAGAACAAUUAAAUGAGUUUGAUACUUUAUCUGCCUUAAAAGAGCUGUACAUCUAUGUCAGUAAAUAUAGAGAACAAAUUAUAUUAGGACUAGAGAACAAAAUGCACUUAGCUCAUAAAUUAGAUAAUAUAGCGUGCACAAUGGAAGGCGACCCAACAUCUAUAUGCUGACUAUAUGAUACUACAAGCUACGAUUUAAUUGCAUUUACAUAAUUUAUUUAUAUGAUAUCUAUUUUGUAAAAAAAAAGCUUUAAUUUAUUCUGAAAUACUCAGAUUUUAAACCGAUGUAUAUUAUAAAGACUGUAAGAUAUCAUUUCCAUAAAUAUAGUUAGGAUGUUAAAAAGUGUUAUUUUGAAUAAAUAUGGAAACUUAAUGAUGUUAAGAUAAACGCCUACUGCAUUUUGAAAAUACUCAAUAUUUUUGUCACUUUUCAUCCCGGAUUGAUGAAAUACUGACAUACUACCAGUUUUUGUAAGCAUUUACUCUCCCAGUGGCCAUAUUUUUGUGUCCAUAAAAAUUAUAAAAUUAAUACUUAAUAUGAUUUGUUUAGCUGUGGCUCUCUUUUUAUUUGUGAAAAUUAUAGAUCUGACUAUUUAUUGCAGUACCUAUUUGUAAAUUUUUAUUGUAUAUCUAAAAUACUUUGUAUAACAAUUGAUGUGGUUAAGCUAAGAGCUCUUUGUUGGUAGCAUUUGUGCAAUGCACGUCUACGUACGUACAUACGUACUGUGCAAACUUUCGACGAUAGUCUGAAGUACUGAAAUGCUGGUGACAAGAAGCUUUUUUUGUAUGUGUAAAGAUUGUAAGUCAUAAGUAAGUAGUGUCCGACCGAAGGUCUAUUUUUGGCCGAAGCCGAAGCCGAAGCCGAUUAAUCGGCUAUCGCCACAACCUUCGGCCGAAGCCGAAGCCGAAGCCGAAGGUUUAUAUUCUCUCAGCACUCAGUAAUUAAUUUUGUUCAAUAUUGUCUACAAGCUACAAUUAAUAUUAAAAUCAUUUCAAAACCUCAAUAUUGAAGGUUUAUAUAUUGACUGUUUCAUAUAGAAGUUGAUGAUAUCAAAGAGGUGGUUGGUUUAGAGAUAAACUAGCUGUUGCCCGCGACUUCGUCCGCGUAAAUUUCGAGUUGAAUUUUAAUAAUACAGUCAGAUACAGACAGACAAAAAAUGUAAAAAAAAAAUUCUCUAUCCGUUUCAGUCAAAAUAUUAAAUGUACAGAAAAAAUAUUUUUACCGUUUUAUUAUAUGUAGUAUUUUGAUUUUCAGUUUUUUUACAUAAAAUACUAAAACAAUACAAAAAAAAUAUAUUUUUAAACGGUUUUAUUUAGCUCACCCCGUUUGUUUUAUUUAUUCUUGGGUCAAAUUUAGUAAUUCAAAUUUCACCCUCUUCCUGUCAACCGAUUAAUCUGAAAUUUUGUAUACACUUUGGAUUUUGGUGACAAUAUAAUUAUGUUUAUUCAUUAUCAUUAUAAAUUCAAGAUGGCCGCCGUUACAAAAUGGCGGAUAAUUUCGGUUUCAUUAAUCCCAUCAAUAUGGGUAUCAAAUGAAAGGGCUCAACAAGCAGAAUACAAUAUACUAUAAAAAAUUGAAAUCCAAGAUGGCGGCCUCUACAAAAUGGCGGAUAACUUAGGUUUUAUCAAUCCCAUCAACAUGGGUAUCAAAUGAAAGGUCUCAACAAGUAGAAUACAAUUUACUAUUCAAAAUUAGUACCUGAGUAUUAAACAAUUGAAAAUAAAUAUUAAUACGCCCUUAUUAAUAUAUAUACAUAACUAAAUGACUGUUAAGGUAUCUUUUAAUAUAUUAUUAAGUUGUCGCAUUCAAUAAGGUCAAGCCUACGUGGCUCUUAGUAGAGUAAGAUCUUUGCAGGGACUACGUAUAGAGGAGUUGGACUGCAAUAAACUAACGGGCAAGAAACCUUGCAAUAAUGAAACACUAAAUGAAUUAAACAGAAUGCGAAAUAAAAACUAAAAACUAGAAAAUAAAAAUAGGUAAAAAAACUUUUUAAGUUAAACGGUUUUAUGUUAAACAUACAUUGCAAUGUUUAAUAUAAAUGUACUAAAAACCAAAAAAUAAUAAAAUAGAUACAGUCGUGGGAAUUAUAAACAUAUGCAUAGACUAGACUAAAAUAAAACCGUGGGGCACGUCAAUUGUCUACAAAUUAUAGACUUAAUGUGCGAUAGAAGAAUCGUUUAAUUCGUCGUUAGGCAGUUGGCCCGCAGACGGUGCGCAAAUUACUUACUAUUUUGCUGGCUAGCGAGGAAUCGUUUCACUGCUCGUAGUUUGUCUUUAAUCGACAAAACUUAUGAUAAAAGUACUACUCGCUCAACAUUAUGAAACCCUAAAACUCGCUUAAUCGAGCUUGCUAACUUGUUUCCACAUUCUAGCCCUACUUAUCACACGUCCAUCGUUGUCGGUUGAACAACUGCCUAAUUAUAGUGUAACAUUACAAAACAAACAUUUUAAUCAACGAUUGUAGACAAUUGACGUGCCCCACGGUUUUAUUUUAGUCUAGUCUAUGCAUAUGUUUAUAAUUCCCACGACUGUAUCUAUUUUAUUAUUUUUUGGUUUUUAGUACAUUUAUAUUAAACAUUGCAAUGUAUGUUUAACAUAAAACCGUUUAACUUAAAAAGUUUUUUUACCUAUUUUUAUUAAUAAUAAAAAAUAUCUUGUAAUUGUUGGGAUUCGAACUUGGACCGCCAACUUCACAGUCUCACGGGCUAACCACUGGACCAUCGAAGCCGUUGCGUUGGUGUCGAAAUUAAAGUAGACUACAUAAAAGACUGAAUGGCCACGUUCAGCUAUUUGACUUAAUGAUAGAAUUGAGAUUCAAAAAGUGAUAGGUUGCUCGCCCAUCGCCUAAAAAAGAAUCCCAAGUUUGUAAGCCCAUCCCUUAGUCGCCUUUCACUUAUAUUUAUAUGUUAUAGGUAUAAUGUCUUCGUAUAAUGAUAAAUGACUUUGAAUUUUUAAUUUCGUAACUUAUUUGCCGGCAUACUGAUGCCUUGAGUUCAUUCAAAUGUCUAUAACUUUUUUUUUUGUGAACCGAUUUUGAUGAAACAAACUUUUAAUGUUAUUCUGAGUUAAAACAAAGCAAUUGGUGAAAGUUUGAAGUAAAUCGGUUUAGUACUUUCGGAGAUAAUCGUGAUCAUACAUACAGACAGACAGACAAGAAAUUAAAAAAAAAUAUUUUUGCUUUCUAUUAUUCAUUCUAAGUGUCCCUCUAUCCAUUUCAGUCGAAAAUACUAAAUGUACAGACAAAAUAUUUUUACUGUUUUAUUAUAUGUAUAGAUAAAAGUUUGUGAUUUACCUACUGGUAAAAAUAAUGAUUUGAUUUCUUACAAAAACACUCGUUUAAAUACACGUACGGACUUGUUUUGAUGCAUGCAAUCAGCAAUGUGAUAUUUUGACAGUGACUCCCCGCCGCCUCAUGACUUUCGUAACAGUUCGUUCAAUCUCGACGGUCGCUCGGACCUUCGGCGAAACCUUCGGCUUCGGCCGGAUUUUGGGCCGAAGCCGAAUGUUUCGCCGAAGGUGGAUUUUUUGGCCGAAGGUGGCCGAAGCCGAAGCCGAAGCCGAAGCUUCGGUCGGACACUAUAAGUAAGGAAAUGUGAUAAUAUUUGUAUUUGGAAUAUUGAUAAUAAUUAUUUAUACCUUUAAAUAUGUAUUCGAUCUCUGUCAGUACUAAAUAAUUGUUUUUGAAUUUAUGUAUUUGUAAUGAUCUGAAAUUCACUAAAUCGCACUUAAUUUAUAAUUGAUUCACAUGUUUAUGUCAAGUGUUUCUUUAAUGCUCGUGAUCUCGUGUCUAUGAUUGCUCAAUUACUUUGAUUUAAAAUGUAUUUCUCAUAAAAUAAAAAAAAACAAAUAUUUUGUUCUCAGGAUUUGCUCAUUUGGUUAUUUUUAGGAAAUUCACUUUAAUAAUUUUAAUAUUCCAUUUACAAAAUAUUUUAAGGUAGCUUUAGAUGUAACUUGUUAGAUAAUAAGCAGCGUAAAUUCACCCGUCUCUUAAAAUUUUAUAUUAUUGACUUAGAUUAUACUUAUUUAUCGAUCUUUUUGUAAUGAAUAAUUUCAACAUGAAUGGGAUAAUUGAAAAAAAAAAUUGU